CGGGACUCCGGCGGUCUUCCCACAGUAACUCACCACAGUGGAUUUGCGUGUCGCCUGCCACCACCUGCGCGACGCCGCGUCUCCCAACAGCAUUGCGGUGGAACAGCUGGCUGGACUGCAGCUUCCCUCCAGGUUCUCGGAGGCGCACGAUGAGCACACAGUCCCGCCGGCUGCGAAAUCUCGACUUGUCCUGCUGUGACUCCAGAUCCAAGACCACCGUCAAACAGCCGGCGCCCAGCGGAGAUAAUGGACCCGACAAACUCCGACAAUGAGAGGAAAAAGAUCUCCCGGACCAGUUUACCCGAGGCUCCUUCACUCUAGAUGCCGCCGAGCCAUCCGCUCCCCAAUCGUCAUCUCGUGGCCGGGGAUUCUAUCGGCGCCGGCAGAUGUUUGCUGAAACCGUUCGCCUGAAGGAGCAUUGAAGAGACCCCCAACAAAAUAAAAACACAAGCGACCGUAGCCGUGAGCGGUGUGUGUGCCGUUGAUCAUGGGGAAGGAACAGGAUCUGCUGGUGGCGGUGAAGACCGGAGAUCUUCUGCUGGCGCACAAACUUCUCUCCAAAGUCAAGUGCAACAAAACAAAGCUGCUGGGCUCAGCCAAGAGACUCAACAUCAACUACCAGGACUCAGACGGCUUCUCGGCGCUGCACCACGCCGCUCUGACGGGCACCACGGAGCUGCUGUCGCUGCUGCUGGAGACCCAGGCCACCGUAGACAUCAAGGACAUCAACGGCAUGCGCCCCCUCCACUACGCGGCGUGGCAGGGCAAAGCUGACUCCGUCCUGUUGUUGCUGAGAGCCGGAGCGUCAGUCAACUCCUCCUCCAACGACGGACAGAUGCCAUUACAUCUCUCUGCUCAGUACGGACACUACCAGGUGUCUGAGAUGUUGCUGCAGCACCAGUCCAAUCCCUGCCUCAUGAACAAGGGGAAGAAGACGCCUCUCGAUCUGGCCUGCGAGUUUGGGAGACUGAAGGUGGCUCAGCUGCUGCUGAGCAGCAACAUGGUGGCCGCGCUGCUGGAAGGGGCGAGCGAGCACGAGAACGCGGACUCUCCGUCCACCACGCCUCUGCACCUGGCGGCCAGGAACGGACACAAAGACAUCAUCAAGCUGCUGCUCAAAGCCGGCAUCGACAUCAACAGAGCCACCAAAGCCGGGACGUCUCUGCAUGAGGCUUCCCUCUACGGCAAGACGGAAGUAGUGCGGCUGCUGCUCGACGCGGGCAUCAACGUGAGCAUGCGCAACACGUACAACCAGACGGCAUUGGACAUCGUCAACCAGUUCACCACCUCCACAGCCAGCAGGGAGAUCAAGCAGCUGCUGAGAGAAGCCUCCAGCUCUCUCCAGGUCAGAGCGCUGAAGGACUACUGGAACCUCCACGACCCCACCGCCCUCAACCUCCGGGCCGGAGAUCUUAUUAUGGUCCUGGAGCAGCACUCAGACGGCCGCUGGAAAGGUCACAUCCAUGACACCCAGCGGGGGACUGACCGGGUGGGCUUCUUCCCCCCUUCGGUGGUGGAGGUCCUCAGCAGGCGAGCAGGGGGCACUCUCUCCCGGCAAGCCUCAAUGCCGAGCCAACGGCAACACUUAACGUCCAGAGCUCCUCCCUCAAACCAUGAUGACUCAUACACCCUUGGUUAUGAUCCCGCAGGUGCUCCUCCACCUGACAGUCAGCUCACUGCCCCAGCUAGUGCUGCUAGCUCCGCUCAGGACAUUUGGGUCCUCAAGAGCUCUCCCACUGGUGACAGAAACAGUGUUGGCAGUGCCGGCAGUGUGGGCAGCAGCCGCAGCGCCGGCAGCGGCCAGAGCUCAGAGAGCGGCCAGAGACAGAAUGGGAUUCAAACCCGCCACAACGCCGACAACGGCAAGCUGGCGCCCUCCGUUGGUGAACCAGGAGACCACGCCCACAUUGCAGGAGCAGAGCGCCACAAACAGGCUGAUGGAUCCACAGGUGUUUCCCGUCGGCAAGUCAACGGCACGUCUCAGAAAGGCUUCGAGAGGCCGGAGGAGCUCCUGGAAGGCAAGGACUCUGAGGCCAUCUACCAAUGGCUGCACGAGUUCCAGCUGCAGCAGUAUACGUCCAACUUCAUCAGCGCAGGAUACGAUGUGCCCACCAUCAGCAGGAUGACCCCUGAGGACCUGACGGCCAUCGGAGUGACCAAACCCGGCCACAGGAAGAAGAUCUCUCUGGAGAUCGGCAAGAUGAGCAUCCCAGAGUGGCUUCCUGACUACGUCCCUCCGGACCUGGGCGAGUGGCUGAGUGUGAUCGGGCUGCCGCAGUACCAGAAGAGACUGUGUGACAACGGCUACGACUCCAUCACCAUCGUCAAGGACAUCAGCUGGGAGGACCUGCAGGAGAUAGGCGUCACCAAACUGGGCCACCAGAAGAAGCUCAUGUUAGCGGUGAAGAGACUCUGCGACCUGCAGCGCUCCCGUAACCUCGGCGACAGAGCCGGAGGCGGGACUCUCCGACGGACCCUCCCCCCCGCCACCCUGGAGAUCGUGGCCAUCGAGCACGCGCCGACGCACAACGCGGCGACUCGCGCUCCUGCCGACGACUGCUGCCCCUCCCCCCGCACCCCCAGGGCGCUGCUCUCCUUCCAGGACAGCGAGUUGAGCGCCGAGCUGCAGAGCGCCAUGAAGGGCCGGGCCGGGGGAGGAGCGGCCGAGGCGUUCGGCAUCAGGGGCGCGUCCUCCGCGGCGGCCAUGUCGGCCAGCCAGGAGAGCGUUAGCGUGCGGUCGCGCGGCUCGGGGAAGUCGGGGAAUUCAAAUUCAAGCUUUUCUCAAGAUCACCGAGCCGCGCCGACGUCCAGCCGGUCAGAGGAGAGUCUGGGCGGCGCUGCGGGGGAGGAGCCGGGGAGAAGUAGAGCGAGACCCACUGAGAUGUGGGAGCACCUGAGUCGCUCCACCACCCCCAACAAGCUCCCCUUCUCCCCGCUGACUCCCCCGCUCACACCCAGCAAGAUGCCCCGCUUCGCCCACCCGGCCGUGCCGCCCAAAGACAAACACUUCCAGUCCCCCGUCCGCCUCCAGCAGCCUCAGCACCACCCGGCCUCCCCCCCCUCCUCCCCCUCUCCACAGCCCUCCCCCAUGCAGAAGGCCUUCAGCUACCUCCAUGGCCACGGAGGAGUCGACGGGGCUCCGUGGGGACUCUCCAAACCUGGAGCGGUGCCUCUGCCGGGCCCCCGGCCCGGACACGCCCCUGGUGGCGACGCCCAGAGGGGCGCCAACAAAAAGCGCGCCCAGAGCCUGACUCGCUACGCUCUGUCCGACGGCGAGCCGGACGACGACGACGACCUCGCCGCCGCCCGCGCCUACGCCUCCCCUUCGGCCGUGCCCGCCUACGCCACCCUGUCGCGGCGGCCGGGCCGCGGGCACACGGGCGCCUCGGGGUCCCAACGGCCGCUCAACCGCAGCCACUCGUUCGCCGUGCGAUCCCGAAGCAAAGGGCCGCCGCCGCCGCCGCCCAAAAGGAUGAGUUCGGUGAGCGGCAGCCCGGUACACCAACCGGGAAACGGGAAAGCGGUGGAGCCGGAGGAGAAGCAAGGGGCGGAGCCGGAGGGCGCGGGCUCUGUGAGGAGCAUCGCCGCCCGGAUGGAGGGGAGCGGCGGCGGCGGCAGUCCAUCCCGGAGGAUCGACAUCCCACCAACUCACGUCCAGGUUUCUCCCGUCUUCAUCCCCGCUUCCUCUCCGAGUUCUCACGCCAUCCUGCAGCACUACAAACACGCCCUCGGCGUGGCGGGCCUGAGGAGGACGGGCAGUGAGAGGACGGAGGCGGAGGCCGCCAGACAGAGAGGCGGCGGCUCGCAGGGCUCCCUUGAAGACAAAGGGGAGAGGAUAUCCAAGAGCGCCGCGGCGUCUCCGAAGCACGGCUCGGGGGGCCACCUCCCGUUCGCCGAGGAAGGAAACCUGACCAUCAAACAGCGGCCCAGGGCGGCGGCGGUCUCCCCCCACGCCGACGCCGACGGCAAGACCCCCAACGACCCGGACCUCCCCGAGUUCAACCUGAAGGAGUCGGACACGGUGAAGAGACGGCACAAACCCAAAGACGCAUCCACGCCCGAGGAGGCGGCGUCUCCCAGCAGAGAGAACACACGGCCGCAGACCAAUGAGGAGAGGGCGCCGAGCGACGGCGAAUCACAGAGGCCGGGGAACGUGUUCCGGAGAGUCGGCUCCCUCGGGAAAGGCCCAAAGCCACCGGUGUCCUCCAAACCUUCCAGUCCUCUCAAGCAGCCGGCCAGCAGCAGCAAACCGGCAGUCCCCCGGAAGUCCGUCUCCCCGGGACACGGCGCCGGCCAAACGGCCAUCCCCAAACUCACCAACCUGCCGAUUCACACGGUGUCACAGACGCCGGGCGCCAUCGUACACACACAGACGGUGAGGUACCAACCCGAGAGCCACAAGAAGGCGGCAUCAAGACCCCCUCAGCGCGGCGCGGUGCCGGCAUCAGGCCUGAACCUCCUGCUGGUCCAAAGCGUGGUGUUUGCCGCUCCAGCUCCACCAGCCUCGGCCUCUUCGUACCUCCCCUCGGCCUCGACCUGUCAGCCGGGCAGAGCGGCGGCGGCGGCCCCGGUGGGUGUGGCCGGUCUGGAGGUUCUGGCUCACAAGAGGCUGGAGGAAACCAGCACGUCGCUGGAGGCCGCACUCAAAGUGGUGGAGAACCAGCUGGCCCAGGGGAGCAGCGAGGACAGCGGCGGCGGCGGCGACGGCACCGUGGCGGCGGCGGGGAACAUUCUGGACGACAUCGGCAACAUGUUUGACGACCUGGCGGACCAGCUGGACGCCAUGUUGGAGUGACAUCACAGGCCCGGUGGAGGGGAGACGGUCCUCGGUGGAGGCGCUCGGCUCCUCUCCGUGACCGGGUGGAUCAAUAAAAUAGAUACUCUAUUUAACCUCCGAGGGGGGGGGGGGGGGGGGAUUCUCAAUAAGUGCACAUUUGAGGAUUUCCUGCACAACCUUUUCGCAAUAUUGCCCAGUGGUUUCAAUGCGAGCACUUCAACGCCUCAGGACACACCUGGGAAUGUUAUUGGAGCAACUAAAGACGUGUGUGUGUAUGUGUGUCUCUGUGUGUGUGUGUGUUCAUUCUAGUAUCACUAAAGGGAAUGAGGGUCCAUUUCCUCCACGUUACCUGUCCGUGUGUCCAGGAGUUUCUGGUGACGCUGUGUUUUUGUCUGAUAUCUUUAUACUGAGUAUAUUUAUAAUUCUAUAUGUUUGUUUUUUAACAAAUGGAGUUCCUAUUGACAGUUUGAAUCAUUCGAGUGUAUAUGAGCAUAACUGUGUUGUAUAUAUUGUUCUGCUUGUUGUCUAUAACACGGGGAACGUUUUGUUUAUUGUUUUGAAAGACGAAUAUUCCUGAUAUGAUUUGACAUGUUGCUUUUUUAACAAAGUGAGGAAACAUUGUUUCUUUAAAACGAGAGACGAGCGUCAGAGACGAUCCUCGGAGACGAGCCUCGGAGACGAGCCUCGGAGACGAGCCUCGGAGACGAGCCUCGGAGACGAGCCUCGGAGACGAGCCUCGGAGACGAGCCUCAGAGACGAGCCUCAGACGGUGGAGUCCAGGUCGCCUCAGGGUGCUACCAAAGGAAUUCACUGUAAGUAAAAGUUGUGUAAGUUGUGUAAGGGGCCGUUUAGAGGACGGAGGAUUCUUCUACACUUGGACUGUUACAAAGCAUUUAGAGUCGGUCGACCUUCUAAACGUGACUGAACACUGUAAGAGAUCGGAAGCCACGGGAAUAAUGAAUGACUUCAACAGAUGUAAUUAUGAUCAAUUUAUUAAUGAUUCCUUUUUAACGUGACACGCUAAAUACCACAAAGCUCCAUAAGUGUGCAGUAUGGAACUGAAAGUGUAAAUAAAUCUGCUGCUGCAGGGCAUGCUGGGUACUUUGUGUCCUGUGUGAGUGGAGCUCCACCCAUAGAGAGCUCUGAUUGGCCAGACGCCUGGUAGCAUUAAGCAGCUCGGCCAAUCAGGGCCUCCGGUGUUGGACUCGUCUCUUUACAUGAGAACAAUCUCAAAGACGUGAUGCAAUAUGAUUUUAAAUUAAAUAUGUAUGGAUAAAAAUUUAACUAAACUAGUUAAAAUGACCAGCUGGUCACCAGCGUUGUCUCCGACUUCGUAAUCUUUACCUUCACUCAUCCCUCUCUUUUUAUGAGAGCAGUUCUCACUAUUUUUAACAUUAAUCUUCAUCCUCACCGACCCGGUGCCAUGCGGCGAUCACCGUGCGGUUCUUUAAUCCUGAAUAUGUUUUUAGAGUCGUGAACAUUUCCUACAUCAACUCGUGUUUUCAGCACUAUUGAUCCCUCCGUUGUGUUUCGAUGUCUGUUUAUUCUUUUGUUUUGCAAUAUUUUUGUUGAAUUCUGUAUCUGGAAAUCAUUAAAAAGAGAAUUUAUACUGAAA